AUGGAAGAGGUGUUUAAAAGUAAUGGAAAUGGAACAGACACUGAAAAUGAUUCUGAAAUGCCACCUCUGGAUGAUCUUCAAUUAUUAGAUCCCCGUGUUUAUUCAGAAGAGUUUGAAAUACCUGAAGAUAGACAAAUUGACCUUUGGCCUAAUUUUCAAUUCUUUUUAAACGAACAAGCAAAAGAAAAAUAUGGAGAUGCAAUUAAUUCAUUAAUGAUUGAAGAAGAUGAAGAAGAAAAUGAAAAUGAAGAGGUUGAUCUUGAAAAGGAUGAAUCAGAAGAUGAAAGAAUAGAUGAAAAGGCAGAUAGUGGAAUUGUAGAUGAAGAAACAAUUGAAAAAGCAAAGAAAGAAGCACAACAACGUGAAUUGUUAAGAGAAAAUCAAUACUCUUCUGUUUUAGGAAGAAUUCAACAACGUUUAUUUGUUGGGAAAUCAAAAAAAGGAUUUGGUUAUAUCACAGAUGACCCAUUCAUUGAUGACACUGGAACCGACCCUGUUCCACAUUACAAAGCUAAUCAACCAUUUAAAUGUGUUCCAGUCAAAAAUUUGACUGAAGAAGAACUUAAAAAGGAAGAAGAAAAGAAAGAAAAAAGAAGGAUUCAAGCCCGACAAUACCGAGAGGAAAAGAAAAGGAAAGAAGAUGCAAUUUCUAAUGCUAGUCAAACCAUCGGUGGUAGUAUUUCUAAGUUAUCUGUAAAAGGUAGUAAUAUUGCACAACCAACAAUAAAUCUCAACACUACAACUUCCUCUGUACCAAUUAACAUUACUAACUCUCAAAGCUAUGAAGAAUCAAACAUUAAAAAACCAGCUCUUCCAACAUCAGUAGAAACAAGUCAUAGGAAUUCUCAACUUAAAUCAAAAGUGAUAAAUGAAAAAUCACAUGUAAUUCAUUUGGAUGACCAAUAA